AUGUCGCUCUUCGGAGGUCGCUCGUCCAAAACUCCCUCUGCCUCCAACCGCAACAACGCUACCAGCAGCAGUGGGCUAGGAUCGGGUCGACCCACCUCCACCACCUACUGCAAUCGAGAGGAACGAGAAUCACUCAUCCCCCAAUCUGGUGGGGAUGACUUCGACGACUCCGACGCGAUCUCACUCCUCAGCAACAUUGCCGAUCGAAACUCUCGCCGAGGUGGAAGUAGUGCCGCUGCACGACGUCGUGCUCGGGCACGAUCUCGUGCGCAAGGUCGAACCUGCGGAACGCUCUUUUUCGACUUGGAGGAUUGGGGGCGAGCCAUGUCGUGCGGCUUACUCGGUAGAAAUGGGAAGAAUGUCGAUGCAGGAGGAGCAGGCAGACAAAGAGCAGCAUCCAUCGGAAGUGUGUUGAGUAGAGGGGCGAGGAGGAACAAUCAGCCCACAAACUCAUCGGCGAUACAUGCGACAUCGAGACAUUCGAGAUCGGUUAGCGAUGCGAGCACGGAUAGUGCCGGAAGUUUACUUGGGUCAGGGUUCGAUAUUGAUGCGGAUGCGGGGAUGUUGGAUGAUCAAGCCAUAGCUCGGUUCGGUCAGCCGAGCUCGUAUGCAGAAGCAGAGGCAGAAGCAGCUGCAGCGAAAGCCAAAACAGAAGCAGAAGUAAAAGCAAGGGAGGAAGAAGAAGCAAAAGCCCGAGCAGAGCGACAGAAAGCCAUAGACGCGGAAGCACGACGUCUGCAACAAGAAGCAGAAGCCGAAUCUCAACAUCAAAAGGACGAGGAAGCUCGAUUAGCGGCUGAAGAAGAAGCUGCGAUCGCCAAAGCACGUCGCAAAGCAGAACGCAAAACUGCAAAAGCGGGGUUGUUCAAGUUACAACAAGAAACACAGACUGCACAGCGGUGGAGGACGGAAGCCGAGGCUGAGGCUGCGGCUGGUGGAUUUGGGCUUGCGGAUGUUGAGGGUGAGGAACAGUAUGCCGAGGAGUUCGAACAGGCUGAGUUCAGGUACGAAGAGGGGCAGCACGGUGCGAAAUACGAUCAGUACGGAGAUGCAGAAGAAGGUGCGGAGGGUGAAGGAUACUAUGCAACAGUGGAAGAGCAUGGUCCUUGUAGUGUGGUGCAUCAUCAUCAUUACUACCAUGCUCCUUCCCGGCCUGCGGAGGAGCAGUAUGGCUUUCUCUCCCCUAAUCCUCUUAUCGAAACCUCCACCCAAGCAGCACCCGAAGAGGACACUCACGCCGACAAAACGGUGUCGGAAGACGAAGCGGAUAUCGCCGGUCUCUCCUUCGGCCGCAAAAAACUCAAGUCGCGCAACAAAGACGGCAGUGCAGGAAGUCGCAGUGGAGGCGGUCUCACCGCUCGCACCUUCCCCCACACCACCACCGGCGGAUCGUCAUCUGGCGGUAGUGCAUCCGGCCACCGCGUUCCUACAUCCGCUUCCUCCUCCUCUGCUGGUCGUCCUAACUACCGCGAUAAACCGAGACGUCACGAACGAACCUCUUCCAAAUCAUCCAAUUCUUCCUCUGGUAUUUUCUCGUAUCAAUCUUCAAACACGUUGUACCACCACGCGCCGCCAUCUACUGUAGCUACUUCGGUUAUCUCCCCGCUUGGAUUGCCGAACUUGUACGAGUCGGAGCCGAUCUAUUCCAAAACAUCGAAGGAUGGAGACGAGAGGGAGGAAAGAGGAGAGGCAGUGGAGGGGUUGGCAGAUCCAAACGCAAGUGAGUUCGGCGUGAUGACUGCUGCAGGUAAUGCUGUGACGAAUAAAGCUGGUGCGAAGAGGGUUAAGAAGUCGUAUCGUGAUAAGAGGACGAAGAGUCAAGUGAUGGGAGAUGGAGACGAGCAGGGAGGAGGGGACAAGUUUGAGGGCUUUCCUGGAUUCUAA